ACAGAGAAGAUCAGAAUUUCUUCCAGCAUCUGUCUUUCAUCCCCACCGUUUUGACGAUCGGUGUUGUCAUCUCUCUGUCCAUCUCUUGGGGCUUCGUUCAAUCAUCAAUGGCUGCUGCCACUGCAAUAGAUCAGUGCGCCUUCUCCUCUUCCCCGUCGCAACGCCACUAUCAGGUGUUCUUGACUUUCAGAGGCCAAGACGUCGGCAAGACCUUCAUCAGCCACCUCUACAAGGCCCUAGCGCAAGCAGGAAUCAUCACCUUUUUAGAUGACGAUCAGAUUCAGAGAGGCGAAGAUCUUACCAUUGAGCUUCAGAAAGCUCUAGAGCAGUCACGGAUUUCUGUUGUUGUGUUCUCCAAAGAUUAUGCGUCUUCGAGAUGGUGCCUCGAUGAAGUCGUCAAGAUUGUUGAACGGAUGAGGAGCUUUAGACAGGUUAUCUUGCCGAUAUUCUAUGAUUUAGAUCCGUCUCAUGUGAGGAAGCAGACUGGGGCUGUUGGUGAAGCUUUUGCCAAACAUGAAAAGGAGUUUGAGGUGGAGACAGGUGUAAGAAGAGCCGAAUGGACGGACAGGAUAAAGAAAUGGAGGGAAGCUCUCACUGAAGCUGCAAAUCUAGGGGGAAAGGUCCUGGAGAAUGAAGUUGAUGGGUACGAAGGAAGGUUCAUCCAGGAAAUUAUAAAAGUGAUUGAAAGGAAAUUGAACCACACUGUUCUGAAUGUUGCACCACACCCGAUUGGUAUAGAUGCUCGAGUGAAAAACAUAAAUUUGUGGAUACGAGAUGGUUCAACUGAAGUUGGUCUAUUAGCAAUCUAUGGCAUGAGUGGGAUAGGGAAGUCUGCCAUUGCAAAAACUGCAUACAACCUAAACUUUGACCAGUUUGAUUGUAGCAGCUUUCUUGCAAAUAUAAGAAAAGCAUCAGAACAACCAAAUGGUUUGGUUCGUCUACAGAGGCAACUUCUAUCAGAUAUGCUAAAGAGGGAAGCUGAAAAGAUAUACAAUGUUGAUGAAGGACUCCCUAGGAUUAAAACUGCUGUAUCUUGCAAAAGAGUUCUUAUUGUUCUUGAUGAUGUUGAUCGGUUGGAUCAAAUGAAUGCCGUAAUUGGGAGGCGACAAUGGUUUUAUCCGGGAAGCAAAAUUAUCAUAACAACGAGACAUGAGCAAUUGCUGAAGGCUCAUGAUGUGCAUGAGAAGUAUAAGGUUAAGGAGCUGGAUGAUAAAGAAUCACUUCAACUCUUUAGUUGGCAUGCCUAUGGACAGGACCAUCCUGCUGAGGGUUAUGCGGAGCUCUCACAACGAGUUCUGGAGCUUUGUGGAGGGAUUCCUUUAGCCCUUCAAACCUUGGGGUCAUCAAUGUCUGGUAGUAGUAUAGAUGUUUGGGAAAGUGCAAUAAAGAAAUUGGAAGCAAUGCCGGACUGUCACAUCCUUAAAAAGCUCAAGAUGACAAGCUGAUGAUGCACUUUGAGACAUGGGGAAAGAGAAGUUUUGCCAAGAAUCACCGGAAGAGCCUGUAGAAUGCAGCAGACUCUGGCAUCACAAUGAUUCUUACACCCAACUGUAAGAAACAUGCUUGUCAUUUCUAAUAUGUUUAUUUUUCCUUUUAUGCUUGUUAGUUGCCAAAUUUUCUGUUAACAUGGUAUAGAAACAGUGAGAGGCCUUGUGCUUGACAUGCAAAUGUUUAUGGAACACGUCUAAAUAAGGGACCACUAUUCAGUAAUGAUGCAAAAAGUCCCAGAAUAUUUUUGGUGAGCUACUGAUGAUGAAACUGCACAGAUCAUUCAAACGAGAACAACUCGAUUUCUCUAGGCAACCAUCAGAUGCCAUUUGCACGCCCUUGCAAUGAUUCUUGAUGUGGAACUUCUCUAUCUUGAACUCUGGAAGCUAUGAAGAAUUUCCCAAAGAAUUAUAAUGGGUAUGUAUGUUAUGUUGGUAAUAGCAGAGGUUGAACAAGUUUGGAAAGGAACCAAGGUAUGUCUAAAUUGCUUGUUGCUUUCCAUUCUAGUUUUGGUGAUUAAAUUUAUGUAGAAGAAGAGCAAAUUGAUUCUACAUUAUUUGUGUUCUUUUGUCUUACGAUUCAGUCAUUCUCAUGGGUCAUGCAUGGCCUUACCAGCCUCAGAAAACGACUUGAUUAUUGAAGAAGGUUGCUGUUGCACAAGAUAUGAAUCCAUUGGAGAAGUAGAGAGAGAGUUUUACAUCUGAAUCCAAGAGAUUUGUGAUAGGGAUGGAAUUUAGGGGGAAGAAAACCUGCUGCAAAUUGCAGUGAAAGGAAGAGCAGAGAAGCUGUAGGAGAAAGAUUCAAGAGAAAGAUAAUUUUUUUCAUUUCUCAUAAUAACUAAUACAAUUCAAGCCCUUAUUAAAUAGACAAACAAAUCCAUUAAGUUAAAAAAUAGAAAAGCAUUAACAACAAACUAACCCAUUAAUAUCUACUAAUAUUAUCUAAACAAAAUAAAUAAACUUAAAUAAAAUAAAAUGACCAACUCUUGACCCACGUAGCCAUAUCUAUAUUGCCAUCUCCAUUUUCUGUGCUAACUGUUUUUAUUUUAUUUUUUUGCAUUUAUCAUUUCCCCCCCCCCCCCCCCCCUUAAAAAUUGUCCUUGUCCUCAAGGGAAAAGGAAAACCACUGGUGAUAUUUUUUUGUCGGAAAAUACUUUCCUUUUUGAUCCAUACACCAGAACUAUACGGUGAGUUAAUCUUUCCGAUGAAGGAGUGGAAGAAAGCGCCUAAAAAGGCACACCAGUAGACAUUGUUGUUGUGGUUGUCGCUGUUAGGUUAUUGGAAAGGCCCUUGUUGGAUUGUUGGCGCUAGGAUUGGCACUAUCAUGGUCGACUUCGCAGGAGCUGCUACCAUCUUGCAGCGAGCGUUGGCCGCGUUAUUGCUGUUGGUCUUGGCAGAGGAAGACGAUAGAUUCAAGAGUUUGGGGAUAGAUCGAAGUUCAGUAUGCAUAAUUUCGAGAGUUAACUGAACUUGGAAUAACCUAGACUCGAUUUGAGUUAGGACCACAUCCAUGGUCGGAACUGGCACUAAUGCCAUUGAUAGGGAUGGAAUUUAGGGGGAAUGAAUCCUGCUGUAAAUUGUAGUGAAAAGAAGAGCAGAGAAGCUGUAGGAGAAAGAUUCAAGAGAGAGAUAAUUUUUUUCAUUCCUCAUAAUAAUUAAUACAAUUUAAGCGCUUAUUAAAUAGACAAACAAAUCCACUAAGCUAAAAAAUAGAAAGACACUAACAACAAACUAACUCACUAAUAUCCAUUAAUAUUAUCUAAAUAAAAUAAAUAAACUUAAAUUAAAUAAAAUGACCAACUCUUGACUCACGGGCAUAUCCAUAUUGCCAUCUCCAUUUCCUAUGUUAAUUAUUUUUAUUUUAUUUUUUUGCAUUUAUCAAUUUGCAGAAGCAUUUGUGAGCUGGAAAAAUCACCAUCUUCGUCUUUGUGGUUUUUCAAGCAGUCGAGCUCAUUGAAUUGCCUAUGGAACCGGGUAACCUUUUGCUUCUUGAUGAUAUGAUUAAGGUAAAAGAUUAAUUGGAAGCAAAACUUCAUGUUCUUGAUUAGGGUUGAAAAGAUGAUGUGGCGAUCUCUAAAAGAGCCCAAAUGAGAUCAGUCUUCUUGUUCAAUUUUA